AUUUUCCUCAUAAUCAAAACAGUUCUACUCCACAGAUGUGAGAGUGCACACAUAACCUCAAAAUGUUGUAGUUGGUAAAAAAAUAACUUUAAAAAUGAAGUGUGUUCUAAUUACCGUGUGUUUGAUCCUGUUGUGUGUGUGUUUGAAUGAAGGGAAGGACUUCAUUGCUGGUACGAAAGCGAACAAUCUUUUAAUAUCUACGCAGAAACUCAAAUACAGGAGUAUACCGUUAAUAAGGAGGGACAAGGAUUACACUUACAUUGACUCGAAGGAGAGGAUUAUAAAGGGCAUCAUAGCUCGAGAUCUCUCGCGGACAGACACGGAGGUGACGGUAACAUCAGGCGGCGUCGGCGCAACCAAUGUGACGCUGCACUUCCAAAGCGGGAGGGGAGAAGAACUCAACUAUCUUAUACUAAUAUUUAGCAACAACAUAAAGUAAAAUAUAUCCGUCAUAUAUUA